AUGAAGCUAGAUCUACUUUUGAGUGCUCUUUGCGCUUCUACUGCCCUGGUGGCUGCCAACCCACUUUUGCGUAGGGCAUCAUCGUCCAAUGUGUCGACUUCCACAAACUAUACACAAACUGCAACCAUAACGGACGCCGCUUCUGCAACUGAUACUGUCUUGACUGUGUCACAAGGUCGUUUUGGUGCGUUGUUCAAGCCAAAGGUGUUGGUCAUCAAUAUGUUCACGCCCGAACAAAACGCUUGGGUGAACAAUCUGGACCUCAAGUACAACAUUUCCGUUCCUAUGCUGUCACCUGAAUACCCUUUUGUGCACUCGAACUCAAACUACACAAUCAUGUCUGUGACCACAGGUGAAGGAGAAAUUAAUGCUGCUAGUACCAUCACCGCACUUGCCCUUUCGCCUUUGUUCGAUUUGACUGACACUUACUUCAUCGUAUCCGGAAUUGCCGGUGGAUCCCCAGACUUGACGACCAUUGGGUCCGUGACGUAUCCCAAAUAUGGUGUACAAGUUGGCUUGCAGUACGAGAUAGACUCGCGUGAAAUCCCUGCCAAUUGGUCGUAUGGGUACGUUAACUUCAAGACCAGCCAGACCAAUGUGUAUCCAGGCACAAUCUAUGGUACUGAGAUCUUCGAACUGAACGAAGCCUUGAGAGACAGAGCCAUGCAAGUGGCCUCGAACGUUACUUUAAAUAACGGUACAAGCGGCAACGUGGCCUUCCGCCAGAAAUAUAACACCUCGAUGGCUGUUACUGGAUCUCCAAAGCUUGUGGCUUGUGACACAGCCACCUCUGAUGUUUACUGGUCCGGUGCGAUCUUGGAAAAGGCUUUCAGUGACUACGUGACUACCGUCUCCAACAGCUCAGCAACUUACUGUUCCACUCAACAAGAAGACAACGCAACUUUGGAAGCGUUCUUGCGUGCUGCCAAACACGGUUUGGUUGAUUACGCGCGUAUCGUGGUGAUGCGCGGUAUUUCCGAUAUUGACAGGGCUCCUCCAGGUAUGAACGCAACCACUUUCUUCUUCAGCAAGAGCUUACAAGGUGGUAGCAGUAGUGCUUAUGCCAACUUGUACGCUGCUGGAUUACCUUUUGUGCAAGAUAUUUUGGGUAACUGGGAUACUUUGUACGCUGAGAACCAAUUCACUCCAAAGAACUACAUUGGGGAUUACUUCAACACUCUAGGAGGUGUUCGUGACUUUGGUUUGUGA